GUUAGCAGUCAGUAUAAAGGCUUUUAGAAAAAUUUAUUUAAUUAUUCUAAUCUGAAAAAUACCUAGUUUUUGCAUAAAAAAGGAAAUUUCUAGGCGCCUGACCGUAAAGUCGGUUCAGAAAUCCAUUUUUAUUUCAAUUCCUGGAAAUUUGUUGUGAGAAUGGUAAGAUGGUGAAAAAUGAAAAUACAGGAAGAGUUGUAGGUGGCGUGAUGGCGUCGCAUAUGCUUAUUGAUUGUGUGCGUGACUGCGUGGGAUGGCCGGCAUGUUAACGUGUUAAACUGAAAGCGAGGUAAAAGGCCGACAAAUGCCAGGAUUGCCGUAACGGUUUUUUAUGUCCGUCAAAAAUUUAGCUCAUAUUAAAAAAACGUUCAGUAUGAGAAGGAGAUGAUGCCGACUACCUCCUUUCCAUCGGGGGCUUCCAACGAUGGGUCCGAGUGGGACACAUUGAUGGAAGUUCAACACGAACCAAUUGAAAAAAAUUAUGAGUUACUCGAGGAAAUUGGCAAAGGGCAAUUUGCAGUGGUUCGAAAAUGUGUAGAAGUAAAAAGCGGAGCCGUUUACGCGGCAAAGAUCAUGAGAAAAAGGAGGGUGGCUCGUGGCGUAGCGGCAGCUGACAUAGCUCGAGAAGCUGGACUCUUGGCUAGGUUAAGGCACCCCAACAUAGUUUCGUUGCACAAAGUUAUAGAUACCGGUACAACGGUAGUAUUGCUUUUGGAAUUGAUUUCUGGAGGUGAACUUUUUCAUUGGACACCAUCCAAUGAAGCUGAAGCUGCACAUGUGGUUCGACAAGUGCUGAUGGCGCUAAGUCAUUUGCAUUCGAACCACGUGGCUCAUCUGGAUAUUAAGCCAGAGAAUAUUCUUCUUUUUACACCUCCUCCUAUGCCUAAUAUAAAACUUAUAGAUCUAGGUUUAUCGCAUCGACUGACUCCUGGAACUGAACACCGAGCACUUUUUGGAACUCCGGAGUUCGUAGCUCCAGAAAUAGUGAACUACGAACCUCUGAGUCUGGGAACAGAUCUGUGGGCCGUCGGAGUGCUGACAUACAUUCUCCUGAGUGGUGCCUCUCCUUUUUUGGGAGAAGACAAGCAGGAAACGUAUGCGAAUGUAGCCGCGUGCCAUUAUCAAUUCGACGAGGAAUAUUUCUGCAAUGUGUCUGAAGUUGCCAAGGACUUCAUUCGUUCGCUACUCAUCAAGAAUCCGAAAGAGAGGGGGAGUGCCGAGUCGUGUCUUAUGCAUCCUUGGAUUCUCACGGAGUCGAAACCUUAUCAAGGUCUCAGUGGAGCAAUGCUGAGUACUGUGAAAAGGGGCUGCGUCGAAGCGGUUUCACAAUUACUACAGCAAGGUGCGCCCUUGGAUGUGAAAGACUCGAAAGAAGAUACGCUUUUACACAUUGCUUGUGAAUGUGGCGAUGAAGGAAUGACUGCGCUUCUUAUUGAUAGUGGAAUAGAAUUGGAUGUAGCUAACAAAAAGGGACUGACUCCGUUACACAUAGCUGCUAGGAACGGUUACAUCGAUCUUGUAAGACUGCUGUGCAUUGCUGGUUGCGAUGUAAAUAAAACUAAUCAUGGUAUUCGUGCAGAUGUAACCGCUAUUAAACAUGGAUACUCUGAUAUCGCGAGUUUAUUAGAUAAAUUGAGAAAUCCGACUCAACGUGAGAAUUACAUAAAGCAAUUAAAACCUACACAUAGGGCGAUAAAUCGUCUCCAUGUUCGACUUUUGGGUCAUUGCGCGUCGGGCAAAACUUCGUUAAUCAACUCUUUGAGAUCUGGGAUUUUUAGUUUUGGGUUCUUCAGGAGAUCGAGAAGUCAGACUUACGCUUGCAAGAGAGAUCCAAGUAUCGAAUUAGAUGUUACAAACAAGCACGGUUCUUUAAGCUUCGAACACAGCGACAACGAGUAUGAAAGUACAUUGGGAGUAGAAUGGAGUAAAGGGAACGUCGGAGGAGAAUGCAUUUUUUGGGAGCUUUGUGGCCGUGAAGAAUUUCUAGUAUCCUAUCAUCAAGUUCUGACUUUUCACCAACCAGCAGUUCAUCUAAUAACAAUAAGUCUUCGUGAGCCUCUAACUGUUCAAGUACAACAAGCUAGAUUUUGGCUUCGCUUUAUCAUGGACAGGAUUCCACCCAAAAAUAUUGCUUUUGCAGGAAAGUGUGGGGAGGUGAAAGUAAUUUUGGUAGGAACUUAUGCUCCAGAACCAACAGUACUGAACACGAAUGGAGUAAAUCUUGUCGGACCAUUGUUGCCUUGUUUGAAAGAAUUUUUGCCUAUCUUAGGAGAAGAGCCGUUGAUGGUUGCAUUAGACGCGACAAAUCCUUCCAGUCCUGGCCUUAAAAUUCUUCGAUCAUAUCUACACAACGCAAGAAUCGAGUUUCUUGAGGACGGACCGGACGUUGCAGAAAGUUUUCUUCAUCAUGACACACUGUGCGCAGCGGCCAAGUACGUGCCUCUGGCGAAUCUUGACAAACAGGGUGCAGUGGUAUGGACGGGAUUAGCAGAAGCUUGGAGAACACAUGUACAAUCGCUGGAAGAAGCCCCAGUGAUGUUUACUUUAGCAGAAUUUUUGACUGAAGUUAGGAAAGUAAAUCCUCUUGUUUCUUUGGACCAUUGCAAAAAUCUAGCACAACAGUUACAGGCUUUAGGCGAGUGUGUAGUUCUUCCUGCAGAUUUGAUAAUUCUAAAUCCAGAAUGGCUCUGGCGGGAUGUAAUCGGCUGGCAGUUAAAUCCAGAUCAUCGAGGUCGACCUGGAGGACGCACUACUGGCGUUUACGCCGUUGAAGAUUUUCAGGCAAGAUGCCCUUGUCCUGCUACUCAAGCUCUCGCCGUUUUGCAAGCUAUCAAUCUUUGCAUUUCGUGUGAAGUGGAAGAUGAAGAGUUAGAAUAUGAAAUCCCUUGUUUGAAUCUCAUCGAAAGACUUCCAGGUUUAUGGGAACCGUGGAUAUCCUGUCCUGUGGUUUUUCCUCACGCAGGACUUCGCAUUUGUCCAGGAGAAGCCCGUUUUUAUCACCUUUCGCCUAUUUUUCCACACUUGCAGGUUCAACUUAGGAAAAUUUCCAAAUCUUGGGACCCGAAUGAAUCAGAUUUGUAUCAGUGGUGGCGAGGGUCCAAACUCUGCAUAGGACCUUGUGAAAGUAUGAUCACGUUGGAGGAAGAAGACCAAGGAUAUAUAGAAGUGAGAGUGAGAGGACCAAGAGGUUCAGGAACUCAGUGCUUUUCACUAAUUAGUAUCAUCACUGAUGCUGUAGAUUCGUGCAUCGAAACUGUGGCGCCUGGAAUGAUUCUCGAGAGACAUUGGCUCAGUCCUAGUCAACUUAGAGAUUACGAUGAGGUGAUACAUUCGUGGGAACCGGCUUUGAUCCUCUCAGCUUUGAUGGAAAGGGGUUUCGAAGAAGUAUGUUUCAAAAAUCCUUUCAACGGCAAACAAGAAAAUAUAUGGGAUAUAAUUGGAUGUGGACUAGUUUUGUCACACAAUUGUAUUCCUGGUUCAAAGCAAUCAGUGAAGAAUAUAAAACCUGGUGUUCAAAGAAGAUUGGCUCAAUUACUCGAUCCACUAGAUCCUCAAGGCAGAGAUUGGUGUUUACUGGCAGUGAGACUUGGAUUAGGAGAUCGAGUUGCCCAACUUGAUAGUACGAUCGGUAGUCCAACGCUAAGGCUUCUGAAUUGCGCAGGAAAUGACUGUACAGUAGGAACUCUAGUCCAGGAACUCAAAGCCCUAGAAAGGGACGACGCAGUCCAUCUUUUAUUAUCAUACACACCAACAUACGUCCAGUCAACUUCCCAGGGUUCAGAGACUGGUUCUGAUCUUUCGAGAUGACGUCCUUGCUUGCGUCGAUAACAAAGCAGAAUUUCUACUGAUGUUAAUAAGAAUCCUUUAAAUAAUCUCAACCGAUGUUCUUCGAACUUCAGGAUACAAUUAAAAUAACCUAAAAUACAAUUCAAAACCGUCAAUCACAAGAGGACAAUUUUACAUGAAGUUUCAUAUUUUUAAAUACCAUGUUUAUCGCAAACGAGGAUCCUCGUUUUCGUUUUUGUAAGGCUUUAAUAGUCUCUAACUUAGGAAAAGACAAUGGGUGCGGUACCAAAGUUUGCAAUUGAUUCAAGUUACAAAAGGUACCGAGGGAGUAGUAUUGAAUUCCUUGUGAUAUUCUUUCGUCCCAUUCUUAGCUAGGAUUGUGAUUCGCAGUUAUGUUUUGCAAUCUUUCCAUUAUUUAAUAUAACUGCUAAUAAUUAAGAUCAGCGGAUCCAUUUGAAUCACUAUUCGCUUCAUUUAAUUGCACCUUUAAUAUUUAAUACAAUUAGUCUUUAAUACGAGUAAUCAUAAUGCAAUCAUGGUUUUGCAUCGCGGCGUACGCAUUUUGUAUUACGCAGAAUUUCCAAAAACUGUAGGCAUCAUGCGAUACCAAUUGUGAUACCGUGCAACCGAAACUGGCUUUUUUGAGACAAUUGAAAUCUUGAGUUCUUGGGUAGUUUUCGCUUCGUGCCAUAGAGCAUUAUAAAAAUCUUUCAUCUCGUAGAAUCUCAAACUUUUUCUUGACAUGUCGAAAUUCUGCUAUGGCUCGUUUUGUAAACGCCUUUUAUUGGUUAAUUGUAUUCUAAAGUAUUUAUUUGGAUACCUUUACAAAUUAAGUCGAUGUUGCCCUCUUUAAAAUAAGUAGGCUCGUUUUAUAUUACUAAAAUUUAAUAAUUGAAAUUUAAUAGUUGUUAAAGCCUCCGCAAAAUUACCUUGACGAAGUUUAUUUUAGAAUGGGAACAAACGAUAUUAUACACAUUUUUUUAUUAGUGCAUUAUUGAAUUUUUAGUUUAGUUAUCGGCAAUGUUUAAAUGAAUUUCGUCAGGAGAAAUUUUCAAGGAAACUAGUCUGUCCAAUUUUCUAUAUUUCCACUUAUAAAAUAAGUGCAUUGUUGCUACCUUGGCAUUCCAUUGAUAAAAAUAUGUGUAAUUUUGCUACAGUAGUUAGAAAAUUUGUAUAGAUAUGUUGUGUGCUAAAGAGUGCAUUUAUGAAUUCUACACUUUUUUUCUUUAUUCCUAUUGUUAUAUAAAAACGAGAAUGUCAAUGAGAGUUUAUUUAUAGGGUUGAUAGGGGUAAGUGUGAUGCGCAAUUACAAAGUUAAACUUUCAAUAGUUUCAUUCAAAAUUAUCUUUGGACUUUCUACUUUUAAUCGUUUGCUUCUUUAAUCAACAAACACUUGUUUAUAGAAAUAUUUUUAAUUUUCUCAGGUAGUGCGUCGAAUGUUUCAGAUUUUUCAUCAUCACGGGUAAGAGUGAUAAGUGCAAAAUAAUACUAAAAUUUAAACUUUAUAAGAUUCUACUUUCGUAAAUAUGAAUAAAAAAAUCGACUUAUAUUGUAUGUUUGCUUUCAAUUUUUUUGCCAUUUAUUAGAAUAUUAAUGAAAAUAAACCCUCGCAAUUAUCCCUUAGCCUGAUUCUUAAUUACUUUGUCGUAAUUUAUAAUUAAAAAUAUUAAAAAUGUUCAAUUUUUUAGAAAAAAGCGAAUAUUAAAGAAAAUGAUUAUAUUUUUCUUUAUUUCUAAAAAAAAAAUCAACAAAAGGUGCUUUAUGUCGGAAAAAAUCAAAAGACUAGAUGCCACAACUGCAAAUCGGAAUUUUCUAAAAGCGUCUCAGUUUCUUUAAAAAUAAUUGAUUAGAGGAAUAACCAAUGACUGCCAAAUUUUUCCUACAAAAAAUAAGAGAUUUAAUCAUUAUAUUGUAAUAUAAAAGUGAAUAACUAAUUUGUUUUUUAUUCCAGAUUUUCUUGUUAUCGCACUAACCCCCUUAUCACACUUACUCCUAUCGACCCUAUAUUUUAGAAUUGGAAGUGUUUUUUUUCAAUUGUUCAAAAGACAAUUCCAAUCUAAACUUUCUAGCAUAACUUAGCGCAUAACUUAUUUCUUAUUGUAUAUUUGCACUGAAAGUAUUACCAUUGCGCAACAUGUAUGCAGUAUUAAAAAAAAAUCUUCGAAAAGUAGGAAGUUGAUUUAUUCAAAUCUUCUACUGUUUUUACACGCGUUGAAGUAAUACGAUUUUGUUAAUUGACGACGAAUUAUACAAAGUUUAUUGUAAUUUAAGCUGGUCCUUAUAUGAAAAAUAUAGGUUUGGUCAGUUUUUUGUCUUGUCAUUGCCAAAAUAAAUAUAAAUUUCAGAAU